GGUGUAUUUUACCAUGCUGUGUGUUGAGUUUUGCUGUGGCAGUGUUAUUAUUUUCCAAGAUGCAUUUCUUUUUCUCAAUCAAGAUUUCUGCAAGCCUUCCUUGUCCUAAAUAGCAUCGUAUUCGUGUGUUUAAAAAGUUAUUGUUGAACUAAAACCUCACUGACAUUUUAUGGUUGGACAGUCACAUGUUAAAUAGAACAAACAGAGAGUUGACCAGGUUUAAUCAAAGUUCAUGUUUGUGAGCACUACAACAUAUAAUCUGGACAACAGGGAAGCUCUCGCUGCCAUGACGUUUGGGUGAGUAUCAGUUGUAAACAAGAAUGGAGCAAAGACAGCGUGAGGAGACAGUAGAGGGCUCCAGAUCACAACAGUCAACAUUAACAGGAACCCUGGCACUGAAGAACUUCACUAUACCCAGGAAGAAACGGACCUCUGGAGAAGUCCUACUGGAACAUUGUUCAGAGGAGAGCCGCGAUUACAAUCUCAUUCAGACAAAACUGAGAGAUUCCAAUCUAGACACAAGGAAGGACCGAGCAAACGCAUGGGUCUGGAGAGAUGUUUGUUUAGUGCACAAUGAAGAACUCCUUAAAAAGUUCUCUGAAAAAAGGGCAGAGAUGCGUGCUAAAGGAAGACACGGGAGAGAAAUGGAGGAAAGCUUCUGUUUUUUAGUUGCAUCAGAUCAAAUGACAGCCCAGAUUUAUCAGCAUGGUCUGCGGGUUGGCAACACAGUCCAGCAUGCCUUGGGAAAGCCAUCACAUGGUGUAUAUCUGUUUAAGCAUGUUGAUGUGGCAUUAAAGUCAACUACCAGCAUAUUAAGUGCAAACAAAAUGCUAAUUUUCAAGGUUCUUUAUGGAAAGGUGAAAAAAAUUGCUCCAAGCUUGGACUGGAAUAAGACGCAGGAUCCCACAGUGAGCUUUGACUGUCACAUGUGUAAAGAUGCAGUGUCCCAUCGAGACACUCUUCAUCAGCAAGUACUGGGCUCUGCUGUUUUUCUAUUUGACUUUAAUGAAAAUCAUGAGCUCAGUGAAAGACCCAGGCAGUGUUUGCCGUAUGCUGUAGCUUCAUUCGUUCCUGCCAGCAGUGCCAUUCUGACUAUACCUACAAACUUACCACUCUCUCCUUCAACGCUACCUAUUGGCCAAGUGCAGGAUCGUUUUAAGGCCUGUACUGUGGCAGAGAGAAGAAGAAAAGGAAACGCAGCCACCAUUACAUUCAAACAUUUUGGCACACCGGGCUGCUUUGAGACGGAUUAUACCCCUCAGAAUCCAGGAGUAGAAGCUCCAUUUCAAAAGACUGAUAUGCAAAACACUCGGUCACUCAAGCCAAAACAGCACUGGACUCCUGCCAGUGAGGACUCUGUAUCUUCAAGCAGUUCAGCACCCGUUAUGGAUCACACUGCUCUCUCCCAAAGCUUGCUGGGAAAGAAAGCAUUCACACAUCGAAGAAAAGACAGUAAAUGGGACAAAACACCUCAAAGUCCAUUGGACAAAAUUUCCACCUUAGUGUAUUCUUCACGCUUGGUUAGGGAUCCGCGUCUGUCUAGACAAGAAGCAAACCAACAAACCAACUGCUCAGAGGGCGAGGCAGCGUACACCGGCUCAGCAUGUGAUAAUAAAAAAAGCCAACUAGCCUGUCAAAACCAACAAGACAAUUAUGGGUUUGCUGGAAAUAAGUGUGAUUCAAAAGAGUCAUCAAACAUGGACAAGAAGGAAGCUCAAAGAGAUGAGGGUCCUUGUUCCCUAAAAUCCUCAAUGAAUGAUGAAGGUGUGCCUACCCCAGCAUUGCCCUCAAUGAAGUUAUUCAAAAUGAAGUUCCAGAAAUAUGCUGCCUACUUUAGAAUGAGUGAGGAAGAGAGACAACAAAAAAUCUGGUCACAAGAAAACAUGUCACAAGAACAAAAGCAAGAAUUAGCUAACCGUAUACUUUUCUAUGAGGUUUUUUAUGAGAAGUAUAAAAAGGGAUUACUCUUUCAAAAAAUCUAUGAGACAAAUGAGACCUCCAGUCUGUCUCAAAGAAAGCCCAAAGAAAAUCAUGAUUUACAGACAAAAGACAAUCCAUACAAACAGAAUCAGUCCAGUUUGUGCCAAGCACAAUGGCAUGAUGCUGCAAGUUUGUCAAAUAACAAUGAUUUUGUUAACAGGGAUAAAUGGAGCACAACGCACAUUCAUGAGAACGAACAUCCAGAUCAUCCAGAACCCAGUGCAGUAAUGUUGACAGAAAAGGUACAGGCUCACCUACAGGAGGAUGUGGGUCUGAUUCAGUCUCCAGAUAAACUUUCAGAGCAAUCAUUGGUGCUGGGUUCACUGAAUCUCAACCUCAUAGAUGAAAAAGAUGAUACACAAAGUGUUCAGUUUGAUCUCAAUCACCCGAGUCCUUUAACUUGUCCCUCUAAUGAAGCUAAGCUUAAUCACAGCACAGGAUGUGAGCUCUCCAGAAGUGCAGGAGAGGACAUGCAGGAGAAUGAAUCUACUCCAGGUGUUAACUUGGUUGAAAGGCCCAGCACUGAAUCAUCCCUUAUGUAUGCAAACAACGUAAUCGUCAUGGAUAUUGCAAGCUGUGUCGAAGUCUCUAGCUGUGGGACAUCAGACAAUUGUAAUCUCAGCCCUGCCAUGGCAGAAAAGCAAAAGCAGAAUGGGAAAAGUUGUAGUGGUGUUCAAGAGAUGGAUUCCUUUAGACAGGUAAAAUACUGUGAAAUACCUCCAGAGCUUGAAAUGGAAACAGUACAGCUGGACUACAGCGCUCACAGGGAAUUGUACAAAAGACUUCAACUUGAUCAACUAUUGCCAAGCAAAAAUCAAAAGCAUGUUUUCUCCUCAAGGGCUUACCUUACACCCAGAGUUAUGGGCAGACCCGCAGACACCAUUUCCAAGCCAAAAAAUGAAAGCAAAGAUCACAACAAAGCCAAAACAUACCUACACACGAGAAUCUCAGAAGAUCUCCAUCUCAGAGUUACUCUAAAAGCCAACAAAACGUCUGCCCAUAUAAGAGAAAUGCUUUCUCUUUCUGAACGAUUUUCAAAAAUCAAAGGCCUUCAAAAGAAAUUGAGCGGAAGAAACAACAAAGUGAUUCAAACCCCAGGGACCCAAAUGUGCAGCAGUGAAGGACACAAAGAAACUGCAACCAGUAAUGCCGAACUAAUACAGCUACUAGCUCAGAGGUUCAGUAAAUCUAAAAUAUAUGUGAAAAGCACAAGCUUGAGCAGACCAGGCAGUAAGAAGACAUGUCUCAAAAAACAGCGCACAGUUUUAUCACUAGGUCACUCUCUAAAGAGACGCAAAUAUGUCAAGAAGACACGUUUUUGGAAAGCAAAGAAGAAUCUUAGCAGAAAAAUUGUGUCAGCUAAGAGUGCCCAUGAAACAGUAAACAGCAAGGCAACAUCAGACUCUUCAAACAUUCUGUCACAUACAUCUGAAAAAGAUCAAGACCCAAACUCUAUUUUAAGAGUAAUGUCUCACACAUCUGAUGCUGAGGAUGACAGACAGUGGUUUCACAUUGAGAGUUGUCAGGAAGCUAAUGCUUUUAAAGGUAUACUCCAAGAUCAAUGUUCUCCAACCAUGGCUGUUAUCAGCAAAGAUCUGACACCAUCCAUAGGUUUCAACACUAUUCCUGGGACCAAAGAGGAACCAAUAAAUCAUACAGAAGCAUGUUCAGAAGAUCUCCGUGAAAGUAACUCAGUCUACACUCAGAAGGCAUCAAAAGAUUUAACUUCACACCUAAUCUCAGUAAUGGUGGAUAAAGAAGUGAAGACAACUAAUAACAUUCCAAAUCAAAACGAAACAACCUUGAUGACAAGCACUAGCAAAGAUUAUGGGAGUGUUACAGAGCGCAAGUGGGAGAACAUGUUGCUGAAAGUGACAUCAGACACUAGAUUAAAUCCAUUAAGCAAUGAGCAUUUCACAAUGAAAAUAUCAGUAGAUGACGAUGUAGAUGCUUCUAAGAGCUUGAGUAUACAUGAUUAUGAAGCAUCAAAAACACACAGUGAUGUGACUGCAAGCAACACAAACAACAGUCAUACAGCUAACUUCACAGAAGCCAAAGUGAUGGAUACUAUCAAUAAUACAGCUGAGACAGACACUAUCAAAUGUCAGCAAAAUGCAAGUGUGAAAAGUUCUCUAAAUGUACAAGCAAGAGAACGCAUGCCAGCAAAUAUCCCAAAUAUGAACCACCCAUGUGUCAAAAUUUUUACCAACACAUCUAAUGGCAGCAGUGUGUGGAGUACUGAUACAAAGGUGUUGGAAGAGGCAACAUCAGAUUCAAAGCAGUGUGGUCUAGAGGCUUUGAAAUGUGCAUCAAAUAAUGUUGUAGAUCUUACUGUUGAUGAUCCAGCUUUGAGUGGCCAAUGUGAGAUUUCUUCAGAGCACAUAAAGAGCAGCAACACCAAUUUGCUUGGUUCUACCAAAUCAUCAAGUACUCACAUAAUCAAAGACAAAUGUGAUUUAUCAAGGCCAGAGCAAAACAAAAAAGAUGAUGUGAACUCACCAGAAACCCAGCUUAUUUCUAAACUAAGAGAUUAUCUGACCAAAUUUGAGUCCACUGUCAAGAAACAAGAAGCAGUAAAUGAAGAUCUGAAAGAAAGACCAGUGGUGUGGAUAACACUUGACAGCACGGCACAUAAACAGCAGUUGUUUGAAAAAGGCCAGUACUGUAUGGUGAAUCUUCCCUGCCUGAUGCCUCCUGGGAGUGACGCAGUUACAAAUGGCAAUUCCAGUGAAUGCACCAAAACCUCUGUUCAAACCAGGAAGGUUCCUCAAAGUGAACAUGCUCAAACUGGAACUGACGUUUGCCUGCUAGUGCCUGUUGAAUCUAAGAGAGGCAGACGAUCUUCUCAAACCAAACGCACCAGAAGAUCAAGAAGGAGCAAAGUCACUAGUGUCAGUCCUGACAGUACCAGUGCAUUAGACACCGUCAAAGAUAACACGAGUCCUCAUCCCUUGGUCCAGGUGAACGACCUGAAUAUUGGUUCUCCAGAAAUCUCCGUUAAUAACACCUGCAAUGCCCAGUUACAGAUGCAAAGAAAUAACACAACUGGCCAACAAAAUCCCUCAGCAAAUUUGGAUAGUUUAUGUGAACAAAAGAGUCAAGAGAAUCAGUCUUCGAACACAAUCAUAGAAAUCAUUGAUGAUGGCAAUGUGAGCAGUACAUUCGCUGGCAAUGAAUAUAGCAUCAGUGACAUUUCAAACACUCUUAAAAUGGCUGACGAAACAACCUCGUUAACCGAACUUGGAUCUUUGCAGUCUAAAUGCAAAAACAUGUUGCAGCACUUUAUCUCGAGUUUUGAACGAGAUCAGAAAGUGCCAUUCAACCAGUCUUUCGUUUCAAGGUGUCUCAUCUUAGAACAAUAUUUGGAACAUCCACCUGCACAAGUAGACCUGAAGUAUGAAGCUGUGAAUUCUUACUUGGAGUUGCAGAUGAUGAUGGAAGCUUGGCAAUUUGUUGAAAACAAAAUGAAUUUCAUGAGAGGUAAACCUACUUUUAGGAGUUUGCUUUGGUAUGAUCCUUCUCUUUACGGAGAACUCUACAAGGGGGAGGUUGGCUUUCAGCAGCAGUCGUCGUUGUUUGCUUCUUUUCAAAAGAUCUUGGCACAAGAGGGCUACAGCAAACUGCAGGAAUACUACGGUGCAGUGUCCACCUUGCACCAACAGCUCCAUGCGGCCCCUCACGCAUCUUACUAUAUGUAUCUGAAAAGCAAGCGUGAGCUCCUCGAGGCUGAGGCUGCUCUCAGAAAUCCCCACGAUAUUAAAAGCUUCUUUUUAUCUGUACCAAUUGCUGCGAUGAUCAAUUUUGGAGACAGUUUGGAAAGACUGGAAAAGGUCCACAAAGUUAUAAUGACUUUUGUGGAAACACCAUCAGAUCAGUUGCCAGGGACAUUUGAUGUUGGAAAAGCAGAGCAUCUGUCCAUCGCAUGCAGAUAUCUCCAAGAAAAAGCCCUUUUCUUGAAAUCAUGCAAAGAAGUGAUUUGCAAAAUAUCAUGGUUUGGAAUCGAGCACCUUCUAUAUGAUGCCUCUAAGGUUCUUGUGUGGAAAGACAUGGGUCAUGGUGCACCAAGUGAGGUUCUCAAGACAUAUAAGAAUUCAAACCCACAGAUUAUUUUUGGGGUGACAGAGUCAGGUGUUGCUCUCGUGAACAAAGUGGAACAGCCUCCUCCGUCCAUGGAUGGAGCAGAGACCAAACAAAAGAGUGAUGCUGCAUGGAAACGCAAAAGUUUACAGUUGUGGAUGUCCUCUCAACCCCGUGUUGCACAGAGUAUAAAGGCUGACAAGGAGGAGGCUUACAACAUGGCUAAAAGGAGGGCAACUCAUCCACCUGUAUCACAAUAUAACAUGAAUAAUAAAGGUGUGAACCCCCUUUACCAAACAACUCCUGCAAGCCAUGUUGAGAUUCCAAGGCCUUACUACACUCUUCCUCACAGAGUGGAUCGGGGCCAUUGGGGAAUGGUUGGAAGCACCGCUGCAGACUGGAACGUGUCUUCACCUUCCACAUCUCAUGCACACUCUGAAAUAAGUUCUCAUCUUCUGUCUAAAAGACGUGUGACUUUAUCACACUCUGACGAGAGGAGAUCUUUAGCAGACAUACAAAGACCUCAAUGGCCUUCAGUCUCGGCUCCACAAGCAACUUUACGAGGAGAUUCUUGUGUUACACAUCCAUCGUUUGAUAGUGUUAAAUAUCAACAAACUAACACUGCAGCACAUCGUCCUGUGCUCUCACAAGAACAAGUAAACCAGUUCAGUUUAGCCAUGACACAACCUUAUAAUUUACCAAAUUGUCCUCUGAAUGCAAAUUUGGUACAUCCUCCUCUCUCAGUUCAGGCUUUGACACAUGUCCCCGUGCCCAGCACAAUUACAGCUAUUCAUUACCCUUAUUUCCUUCUGAAUGGACAAACAUACACCACAGGCUCCACUUCAGCCAUUCACCCUGAUACUAGAUAUUAUCCCAACACCAUGGGCUAAUGAACUACAAGCUACAAGUGAAUCACAUAGAUAGCCUAUGUAUUUUUGGAAAUUACAUCAAAGAACUGGUUUUACAUCUUAUAACUAAAGUCACUGAUACAUACAUAUGCACUUGGUACUUUUAAGCAAAUGUACUUUAAUGUGACUUUAAUGUAUAUAUUAUAUAACAUACAUUUUCAGGUAAAACCAUCAAUUUCUGUAUAUAACAGUGUUUUGUACAGAGCUUAAUUACUUUAUUGUGGUAUUUAUUUGCAAUUCAACAUUCUACAUCAAUAUAACAUUAAUAAAGAAAUGAUUUGAUAAUUCUACAAAUUUAGUAGAAAAACUACUUUUUCAAACAGAUAUUGUUUGUGACUUCUUACACAUCAUUAGAAACAUGAUACUUACAUAUACAGUACACUGUACUUUUCAUGAUUCUGGCAUAGGUAGGUCCAGCCACACAAUUUUGCCAGGUAUUUUACAUAACUAACAGUAUUACUCUGCUGAGUUGUAUUACUUUACUGUUUAGAAAUGUGUCACUUGAGGGGUAACUUUUUUUUUUUUUAUAUAUAUUGCAGAACCAUUAAGUAGCCUAUUAAAUAGGCUACUUAUUAUAUUAGGCACAUAGAUGCAUGUUAUGUCUAAUAGGUUUCACACUAAUUCAUUGUAAACAUUAAAAAUGCACAGUUUGGCCUUCUUUUAACAAUAGAAAAGUAUGUGUGGUCUUCCUGGCCACAGGGGGCAGCAGAGCGUUCAGUGGCAUGCCUUUCUGGUGACGUCAUGGGCGGCGAUAGCAGCGGCCAUUACACAGCGCGUUUAUGAGGAAGGUCGGAAGCGCAACGAGUCAACGGAAAAUCUAUCAACGACAGAUCGCGGAUACAGUCAAAAGAUAGAUAUCUGUUAUCGCCAAGCCUAGAUAAAAACACCCGUGACACGGCAUUUGGCGUUUAAUGAGCUGAUAUCCGAGUUGAACAGCAGUGUUUGGUGUUUGUGCUUCGCGUCGGCCCAGCGCGUGAGUGUGGCAGUGGUACAUUAAACUGGAGUUCAGUGCGCGCGCACUCACUGCUGAUUUAAUUACC